AUGGUUAGCUGCUCAGGGAGAAAGAGCUUAUACCAGAAGUUGGUCACCAACAGACCAUUGUGUUGCUAUUUGGAUCAUGACCUCUGCGGUGUAUCUGCUGCUGUUGCUACCAUUCUCAGGGAAAAAGGUCAAAGCGUUGAUUGGAUGUUUGAGAAUAAACCACUUCAAUGGGUGUUCAAACUGGCUGCACGGGUACAUGCGCCCAGGCUGAUGUUUGUGGGAAGUGCUGAGUAG